AUGGCAAUAUUUUUAUUUAAUAUUAUUAAUGCUAAUCCAGUAAAACGUUAUUCUAAUCAUUUAUUCAAAUCAAGACUUGCCUCUUUAUUGGAAGAAAACCGACAUGCAUCGUUGGAUGAUUUACUAGAAGCAGUGGAACACAGGGCAUCACAACAAAAAGUAUAUUUUCACGAUGAAGAUCAACGAGAUGAAAAUGAUUAUCUACAAAGAGGUGUUCGUAAGAUGAUUGGUUUAGCCGAUAAUCCAUUUUAG